GAGGAGGAGGAGGAGUGGGGUCGUUAGCGGGACGUUUCCCUUCCUCUUCUUCACUCUCUAUCCUGUCACGGUGUGAGCCUCAUCCUCCACUAUACAUCACCACCUCCUCUUCCUCCUCCUCGCUCUUCACUCUGCAGGCAGCAACAAGGACGUCUUUCUCCUUCUCAUCCUCCCACUCUUCCUUCUUCUUCUCGUGCAGACGAUGCGAGCGACGAUCUGCUAGGACAACUUCUUCCUUUUUCUCCGUGAGGAUCGCAGAGCUCUGGACUCGUCGGCACCUUUGAAUGUGACAUUGCUCCAACCAGGCCGGGAAUAAAAAGCCAUUGACAAUGAAUUUCGUUAUGAAACAAGCGUUGGGAGGGGCCACCAAAGACAUGGGCAAGAUGCUGGGCGGCGAGGAGGAAAAAGACCCCGAUGCCCAGAAGAAAGAGGAGGAGAGGCAAGAGGCACUGAGGCAGCAAGAGGAGGAACGGAAGGCCAAGUACGCCAAAAUGGAGGCAGAGAGGGAAAACAUCCGACAAGGCAUCAGGGAUAAGUACGGCAUAAAGAAGAAGGAGGAGAAGGAGGCGGAGGCGGCCGCCGCCAUGGAGCAGGCCUCGGAGGGCAGCCUGACACGCCCCAAGAAGGCAGUGCCCACCGGCUGUGGUGAGGAGGAGGAGGAGGAGAGCAUCAUGGACACGGUGAUGAAGUUCAUCCCGACACCUCUCAUGGAUAUGUUCAACAAGAAGUAACGCCGUUUCACAUAUGACCACCUCCUCUGCCCUCCCACCUCCUCACACUCUACUCUUCUUCCACUGCUGCCACGUGACGUUAUGUUGGUCACAAAAUGGCUCAUUUAACGUCCUGUCCGCCACUUAUUAAUCAAUAAAAAUAGUCAUAAUCACACCUA